CUCCUCCAAAGUUUAGUGUAGUAAACCCCAACAUCAACCGCCUUCCUCCGUGUAAAACUGCUGAUGACGAUUCGCCACCUCUUAAGUUCCAUCGGGCACCGCCUUCACGGCCAUUUGCCACCCGCGUCGUAUCUAGUGCGGGGGGCACACUAUAAGGCUCCGAAGGCUGCGACUCCGCCGUCACCUCCGACGCCGCCAAAGCCACCGCAAAAACCGCAGUGCUUUAGUUUCCACGACCACACGUGGGAGGAUCCGUACAGCUGGAUGUCGAAUCUCAACGACAAGGUGGCCAUGCGUCACAUGGACAUGUACAUGGAGCAGGAGGAGAAGUACACGGAGGCCGUGAUGUCAGAUACCGAACGCCUCCAGAGCAAGCUUCAGUCGGAGAUGGCCUCUCGCUUGGCUUUUGACCUUUCUACCCCUCCUCUUCGUUGGGGUCCCUGGUUAUAUUAUCGUCGUGUCGAAGAAGGCAAGCAAUAUCCAGUGCUCUGUCGUAGACUUGCGAGCCUAAACGAGCAGUUCGUUUCCCAUAAAUCUCCAUCUGCUGGGUUUGAUUUCGUUUCAGGGAAGAGAAUUGAGCAAAAGCUGCUUGAUUACAACCUAGAAGCUGAGAGAUUUGGAGGUUAUGCUUAUGAAGAAUUAUCAGAAGUAUCUCCGGAUCAUCGAUUUCUUGCGUACACCAUGUAUGAUAAGGACAAUGACUAUUUUAGAUUAUCUGUGAGGAAUUUGAAUUCUGGUGCAUUGUGUAGUAAGCCUCAAGCUAACCGUGUUUCAAACUUGGCAUGGGCCAAAGACGGUCAAGCAUUGCUUUAUGUUGUCACAGAUCAGAACAGAAGGCCUUGCAGGAUAUACUGCAGCAUGAUUGGAUCAACGGAUGAUGAUGUUAUGCUUCUUGAAGAGUCAGAUGAAAGUGUAUAUGUUAACAUUAGAAACACAAAAGAUUUUCGGUUUGUGACGGUACAUAUGUUCUCUACCACAUCUUCAAAGGUCUUUCUAAUAAAUGCAGCUGAUCCCCUCUCUGGCUUGACUUUAGUAUGGGAGUGUGAAGGUACAGCCCAUUGCAUAAUCGAGCAUCAUCAAGGGUCUCUUUACCUAUUUACUGAUGCUGCCAAAGCUGGCCAACCGGUUGAUUAUCAUUAUCUUCUUCGUAGCUCUGUUGAUGCUUCUACCAGUCCCAGAAUUUGGGAGAAUGUAUUCAAUAACAAUCCAGAUUUGGUUGUUGAGGACAUUGAUUUCAGUGAUACACACAUGGUACUUAUUUUAAGGGAAGGUCGAAACCUUAGACUCUGCUCAGUUACUCUACCUUUGCCUGCUAAGAAGGGUGCAGUUUGUUUGGAAGAGCUUUGCCCUUAUUUCCUACCUCUUCCAAAAUAUGUUUCUCAAAUUUCACCAGGACCAAAUUAUGACUACUACUCAUCAACCAUGCGUUUUACGAUAUCAUCACCAGUGAUGCCUGAUGCUGUCGUUGAUUAUGACCUGUCAAAUGGAAAAUGGAGCAUUGUUCAGCAGCAAAAUUUUCUCCAUGAAAGAACACGAAUUUUAUAUGGAACAUCUUCACUGUCAAGAAUAUCUGAGGAAACCUCAAAUUCCAAUCCUUUGGAUUCUACAAAUCAAGUCGGAUUUGGUGAUGAACACUUGUGGAAUGAUCUUUCUGAAUUUUAUGCCUGUGAAGACUGCAGUGUCUCAUCUUAUGAUGGAGUUAUGGUUCCAUUGACUGUUGUAUACUCUCGCAAAAACAAGAAAGAGGAUCAGAACCCUGGGUUGCUUCAUGGGCAUGGAGCUUAUGGUGAGCUACUUGAUAAAAGGUGGCGUAGUGAAUUGAAAAGCCUUCUUGAUCGUGGUUGGGUCAUUGCAUAUGCUGAUGUUAGAGGUGGAGGAGGUGGGGGUAGGAAGUGGCAUCAUGAUGGAAGAGGUACUAAGAAGAAGAACUCCAUCAGAGAUUUUAUUUCUUGUGCGAAAUACCUUGUUGAGAGAGGGAUUGUCAAUGAAAACAAACUUGCCGGUUGGGGUUAUAGUGCUGGAGGACUUUUGGUUGCUUCAGCAAUCAAUUGUUGCCCAGAUUUAUUUCGUGCUGCAGUUUUGAAGGUUCCAUUUUUAGAUCCAACCAACACUCUUCUCUAUCCUAUUCUACCAUUAACAGCGGCUGACUAUGAAGAGUUUGGAUAUCCUGGAGAUACUGAUGAUUUUCGUGCUAUCCGUGAAUAUUCUCCUUAUGACAAUAUCCCCAAGGAUGUUGUCUAUCCAGCAGUAUGGAUAUCUUCAUCUUUCAAUACAAGGUUUGGGGUGUGGGAAGCUGCAAAAUGGGUUGCGCGAGUUCGGGAGUGUACAUUUUAUGACCCAACACGUCCUGUGUUGCUUAAUUUAACAACCGACAUAGUGGAGGAAAACAGGUACCUCCAAUGCAAAGAGGCAGCAUUGGAGACUGCAUUUCUUAUUAAGGUGAUGGAAUCAUAGAAUCUAUUCGACAACCCUAGUCAUCAUGAUACCUUUUAACCUCAGCAAAUCAAAGUUAGCCACGUGGAUAACUAUAACUGCACUACCGCUGCACACCAGAAUCCAAUCUGGGGAUAAGUAUGGUUUCUCGAUUCUAUAUUAAGGUCCCCUGAGUAGCUGUAUCGGUUAUGUGGAGAAAGAAUAGACUUGUUCCGUAUGAGAAGGGACACACAACCUGAUUUACUGUGGUGGUCUGUGUGCUGAAGCAGCCAACAGAAUCAAGACAGCAAGAGCUUUAAGUGGUUGGUGCAUGAAUUAAAACCAUUAAAUUAUUUUUUGUCUACAGUUUUAGCUAUUGAGAUGUCAAAUUUGUUACUUGUACAUGCCAUUUUUUGAUUUGGAAGUUUUCUUAUCCCUUUGUCUUAUGAUAAUGGUUUAUUAAUUAAAAUAAGCUGUACAAUUCUGAAUA